CCUCUUGCAGGGUGGGACUCUACAUAAAUCAGAAAUAUGAAAGAUUCAGACAGUGAUUCAGAUGAAUCUGUAGAACGUGAUUUGUCCCACAAACUUACAGAUGAGGAGUUGUUUAAGCUCUGUGGAGGUCGUACAGCGCACAAAGGAGCACGUCAUGGCCUGAGCAUGUCAGCCAAAUUAGCAAGAGUGCAAGAGCAAGAGCAAAAGCUGAUGGAAAAGUGGAAAAACACAGAAGAAGAACCACACCAGACUGCUGACAGAGAAAUGUCAAACAGUCAGGAAGAGAAGAAGAAGAAAAAGAAGAAGAAAAAAUCAAAGAUGGAUACACAGAUGGAAGAAUCACUCGUCACAGAAGAGGUGGAAGUUCCAGAGGAAGAUGUAUCACUGCUGCAGUGGUGAAGGAGCAGAAGGGAAAAAGAAGAGAAAAGAAAAAGAGCAAAGACAAAGACCCCUCAGAAAAUGAUGGGAUGGAUGAGACCGUAAGUAGCAUACCAGAAGAGGAAGCCGAGGGAACUCACAAAACCAAAAAGAAGAAAAAACAUGAUAAAGGUAGACAGAAUGAAGAAUGCCCUCCAGUUGCGGAAAUCAUCACAGACAUUCAGGUGAAAAAGAAGCACAAAAAAUCAAAGUAUGUCCAGAGAGAUCCUGAAGAGGAACCAAAUUUCUAUGAGAAAGAAAAUAUGCAAGCAGAAGUAAAUGCAAAAGUUCAAAGCAGUGAAGAUGAAAAAAAGACAAAGAAAA